AUGGCAAUACAACCACCAGGAUCAUAUCCACAAGGGAACAAGAAGGGAAAAGCCAAAAAGAAGGCUGGGCAAAAUACAUUUGAAAGGAAGGAGUGGUAUAACCUCCGAUCUCCAUCGAUUUUUCCCUGCAAUAUCAGUGGAAAGACCUUUGUAGCAAAGUCCACGAGCAAGAAUACCAAUUUGAAGCUUAUAGGAAGGAGGUAUGACGUUAACCAUGCAGACCUUACGAAAAACAAUGAUUUCACACAUCGGAAAUUCAUAUUCAAGGUAGGGGAUGUCAAGGGGGCCGAUUGCAUUGGAUUCUUUGAUGGAAUGGAGUUAACAUCUGAUAAGCACAAAGCAAUGAUCAAGAAAUGGCAUACUCUUAUCGAAGCUCAAAAGGACAUUGUGGCAAAGGACCGGAGCGUUUUCAGAGUGUUUGUCAUGGCAGUUACGAGGAGGCCGCAAGGGUAUACCAAGAAGACAUGUUAUGUCAAGCAUUCCGAAGAGAAAAAGAUCAGAAAGAUUAUGUUUGAUGUCAUUGAGCAGGAGCUUGGAGGACGUAGUGUUGAUGAAAUCAUGAACAAGCUUUCUAACGAGACAGUUGGAAAGAGGAUUGAAGAGUUGGGGAGCGAGAUAUUCCCCUUGCAAAACUGCUGCGUUAGAAAGGUCAAGACAAUCAAGAGCUAUCAAGGAGUAAGUAUUGGCCAAGAGGAGGAAGUUGGAGCCAUAGCUAAUUAA